AUGAUUGACCGUUAUGAACCCUCUGAUCGACGGGCUUCCCGAGAUGACUAUUACACCGCAUCCCGUGAACACACUACACGAGAUCGUGAUGAGCGUCGCCGUGCUCAUUCCCCGAAUGUUGCGAAUAUCGAUCGUUACGUCCCUGGACAAGACUCGGGGAAGCGACCAAUUCCAACCAAUCCGCUCCCCAAUCCCUUGAAUCUCGAUUUCCAAGUCGGGUUUAACUGGUUUGCGGAGUGGUGGCGCGCCGAACAGUCGAUCAAGGAGGAAAAGGAGCGUGCAAAACAUGGCGGACGUCGCCCCUCGGAUCGUGUCAAGGGAGAGCGCGAAGCUCGCGAAGACCGGGAAAAGGAGAGGGCGCAGAUCCAGGCCGCUUAUGAUGCCUACAAGGUAGAUCUCCAGAUCAAGAUGGCCAGGACAUUUGUGCAGCAACAUCGAAACGAGGAAUGGUUCAAAGAACGUUAUGUCCCACAAGUCCGGGACUCCCUCCGUCGUCGCCUGAUGGACUUCCGCACCGGUGCUUACGAACAAUGGGAGCAUGAUCUAGAUGGUGGGUUGUUUGAUGAAUUUACCCUAGAGGGCAUCUAUAAAAGUGAAAGCGACGGAGCGGGUGGCGUCAUUGAGAAGGAAGAAGGUGAAACCACGGCUGUUGGUGAGACUCUUGGUGUUUUGGACUUGCUCCCAACCCGGGGUGGAGAGCUUCGGGAUGAAGCUCUAUCUCAACCAGCCUUACUCAUCAAGACUUUAGCACCAAAUGUGAGUCGUGACAAGAUAGAGGACUUCUGUAGAGAGCAUUUGGGAGAGCAAGAAGGUGGAUUUAAAUGGCUCAGUCUCAGCGAUCCAAAUCCUUCCAAAAAGUACCAUCGGAUGGGUUGGAUUAUGUUGCAUCCUGCGCCGGAUGUUGCCGUCGUCGAGAGAGGGGAUGGAAGGGAAGAAGAGGGUGAGGAUAUGGAGCACGACAAGGCUGCCAAUGGAGCUGUGAGCGUGACUGCCGCUGAAAAGGCACUUGAAGCGAUCAAUGACAAAACUAUACAUGACCCAGUCCAUGGAGACUUUGUUUGUCAUGUUGGCGUCCAUGUACCACCGUCCCAACCCCGCAAAAAGGCAUUAUGGGACUUGUUCUCAGCUCCGGAGCGUAUUGAGCGGGACUUGGAGUUGGCCCGGCGUUUGGUAUCAAGACUUGAUUCAGAGAUGGGCGGAAAUGCAGACGGUUAUACCAAGAUCGAAGAACGCGUGGAAGAACUACGUGGAAAGGGAUGGUUGCAACCACCUGUCACAGGCCCUGUUAGUGUGAAGAAAAGAAGAGCUGAAUAUGACGCGGACGAUAUGGAUGAGGGCGAAGCAGAAGAAGGUGAGGAACAGGAAGGCUGGGAAGAUGACGAAGUGGAUGACGAGGAACUCCUCGCGAAGAAAAAGAAAUUGGACCUGAUGGUAGAAUACCUACGUAGGGUCUAUAAUUUCUGCUUCUUCUGCGUUUUUGAGAGCGAUUCAGUUCAUGAACUUGCUCGAAAGUGCCCCGGCGGCCAUCUUCGGCGGCCACGUGCUGGCCUCACUACACAGUCCAAAGCUGUAGCUCGAGCGAGCGCCCUCGGUCAGCCUUUCCCUUCUAAGAAGAAGGAACCGAGCGAAGAAGGAGAAGAACAGCCACCCGUCGAGGAAAAACGACCACAACGUUUCAGUUCGAAGUCAGAGCAACAGCUACAGCGCGCAUUCAACUGGGUUAAAACAUUCGAGGAUAAACUUUUACAGCUUCUGGAACCGGAAAACGUGGAUAUUCGGAAGCUGGGCGGCAAACCUGUCGAUGAGGCGCUGGAAGAAGAAUUAGCGAAGCACGUCAAGCAGGAGGACGAAUCCAAAUACCGUUGCAAGGUACCUGAAUGCACCAAGUUGUUCAAGGCGGACCAUUUCUGGCGCAAACACGUGGAAAAGCGUCAUGCAGAAUGGUUCGAGAAUAUCAGCAGUGACCUCUCUUUGGUGAAUGCCUAUGUGCUGGACCCUGCUCGUAUUGCGCCCUCUCGCUCUGAUGCAAACAGCAAUGGCCAUUUUCCUCUCAGCUCUGGUCAAAGCCAAGCUGGCACUCCUCGUGGCUUUAGCCUGGCUUCCAUGCCGCCGUACAUCGGACAUAAUGGCAAUGUCCCUGGUGGUUUCCAGAAUUUGCCAGGGGCCGGGUUGCCCAGUAUGAUGGGGGUCCCGAAUCAAGCUGGUUCUUGGAGUGGGAAUGGGUUGGUCUCCGGGGAUCACUCUGGCCUGCACCAGCCGGGUGCCAUGCGUCGUAAUAACCGUUACAAUCGUUCAGGACCAUAUGAUCGUCGUGGACCUCGACAUGGCGGUGCAGGAAACGGCCGUCUGAGCCCAGUUCGCGGUAUGUCGGGCAUGUAUGGUUCUGGUGGUCGUCUUCCAGCUAACGCUGGCACCCCGUACAUUCCCCCUGGCCAUCCAGCCGCUGCGGCUUUUGCUGGGGCGGGAGGUUUUGCUGAUGCUAUGGGAGCUGGCACUGCCCAACAAGCGAUGGGCCCCCGGGAAGCUGUUCAGGGUCGCAGUCUUAAGAGUUAUGAGGACCUUGAUGCGGUUGGUGGAGCCGGAAGCGGCGAAUUGAACUAUUGA